AUGUUGUCGACCUCGCCACUCCCUGGCCCGAGCAUCGAUUCGCUGCUUAUUGCUACGGGGCUAGUCCUGUUGGCGUACAUGGUCGCAAAAUCUAUCUACCUGGCAUUCCUCCACCCUCUCUCCAAGUUUCCCGGCCCCCCUGCUGCAGCCGUUUCCAACGCGUACAUGGACAUUUACGCGCGGCCGAGCAGCGGGAAGAAGGUUUUCCUUAAGCUUGGGGAGUACGAGCGGCCGGGUGACAUCUCGACGACACGUGAUCCCGGCCUGCACGCCAUCCAAAAGAGGGCUCUGUCCAAAGGCUUCAGCAUCGGGGCCAUGCGCGAUCAGGAAAAGGUAUUGCAACAAUACCUAUAUUCAUUGCUCAACCAGAUUCGCAGACUUGGAAGUCACGGCCAGAAUGCCAUCGACAUUGGAGAGGCUCUCAACUGGUUCACCCUGGACAUAAUCGGCGAUCUUGCCUUUGGUGAAUCUUUUGAUUCCGUCUCUCAGGCCUCCAAUGUGGCAAUUUCCCUCAUCACGGACGCAUUGAGAUACACCAACGUCGAGUAUCUCCAGCGACAGAUGCCGUACAUUGCUCCCCUAGCUGCCCGUUUGCUUUUUCCAAUGUCUCUAAAGCAAAAGCAUGACGAAUAUCAACGUCUGGCAGCUGCCAAAGCCAGGCGGCGUAUUGAAAAGGCUGAUCUGGAUCGGCAGGACUUCUUCAGCCAUCUAAUUAAUGAUUGCCGCAUCAACGAAAAGGAGCUAACUGCGACAGCCUGGACUAUCAUCAUGGCCGGCUCUGAGACCACUGCCACCGCACUCACGGCUACCAUCUUCUACCUGCUCCGCUACCCUGACGCCCUGAGCAAGUUGGGGCGUGAAGUGCGUGCUAGCUUCUCAUCAGCUGAGCUUAUUACUGGCGACUCGAUUCUGCGGCUCAAAUAUCUCAACGCUGUGAUAGAAGAGGGUCUACGCCUUUUCCCACCCCUGGCCAUCGGGCUGCCACGCGAGUCGCCCGGCGCAGUCGUGGACGGUCACUACAUACCUCAGGGCACAACCGUGUCGGUCGAAAACUUUUCCAUGUCUUACGACCCGCGUUACUGGGAGGAUCCCAAGGCUUUCAAGCCCGAACGAUGGCUUGUUGGACUUGGGGUUGACAGGCCGUCUGAGGCCCAUCAUCCCUUUUCCGAGGGCACGCGGUCGUGCAUUGGCAAAAACCUGGCUUACCUCGAAAUGCGCAUCCUACUUGCGAAUCUAGUCUGGCACUUUGAUUGGGAACUGGCCUCGACCGACAUCCAAGACCUGAAUUCCUCCUGUCAGUGCUUUGCACUAUGGACCAUGCCCAAGUUGCUGGUUAAAUUCCGUCCGCGGGUUGAGCAUUGCGUGGGCUGA